CGCGCCCUCCACGCGCCUCCCCCUGCCUGCGCUCGCAAGGGCUUCGCUCUGGGCUUCACUGUUACAAGCAGGCGAAGCGUUGCUCGAAUUAAGUUUUGUGAAAAGGAUAAUCCACUUCUUUACUUGUGCCGCGUUCCGUGAAUCUCUUCCGCGUGUGAGGCGACCCGCAAGAACCCUCUGGUCGCCAGAAUUAGCGCCGACGCCCGACGUCCAACGUGUCGACGCGUCGUCCGUCGGCUGCGCUCUCGGCCGGUCGGCGGCGUUUCCUGUGGCGUCUUUCGUCAGGCCGGUUCUUCCCUCUCCCGCGUCCACCUCUGUUCUCUCUCGCGGCCGCCAGACCGCCAUGGCCGCCACCGCCUUCAUCCUGGGCGCCGUCGCGGCUACCGGGGGCUUCGCGGUACUGGCGGGAGGCUCCGCCCUCGCCGGCAUCCUCUGGGAUGGCCGUGGCCGCUACGGACGCGGCCGCUACCAAUACAAGGAUUACAGAGGCUACGGCGAAGAGAAGGACGAGGAGAAGAAAAAGAAGGAGGAGGAGGAAGAGAAAAAAAGACGGAAAAAGAAGGACAAGGAGCGGAAACAGGGGAAGGGACCCGGAGGAUUCAGCCUCAGACACGACCGCUCGGUGCCCGAAGGAGACGCGGAUGGCAACGCGUCGGCCGCGGAAGAGCAGCUCCUGCAGGGGCUCCGGCGGGAGGACGGGGCGUGGUGCGGCCUCAAGCUCCUGUGCGAGCUGGCGGCGACGGCGGAGGCGAGUGCGGAGGACCUCGGCGAGGGGGAACUGGCCCUCCUCAACCUCAUCGGUCCCGUGGCAAAGCCUGGCGAGGGGCUCCUCUCUCCCGGCGGCGCCCUGGAGGAGUCCCAAGCAACCGGACAAAGCGGCCUCCGGAAAGGCGCCUGCGCAGAGGCCUUCCAACUGUGUCCUCUUGACACGAAGGGGAUCCUCAGCGAUGGAACGGGAUUCCUCCCCUGA